GAAAUGUGAGACUAUGACUUGGGAUAUUUUAUUGCUAGUAAUAAAAAAAAUGUAGGUACCUGGGCUGAUGAUGGGUGGUCAUAGUGCAUGGGGGUAGAAAUAUGAAAAAUAAAUUCAUUGGCAUUACCUGCAAUUUCUAAAAGUAAAAAGAGAUACUAUGAAAGGAAGGGUAUAAAAGGAAUUAAGGUGCUGAUUUGAAUUCAACUAAAAAUUUGAAACUGUUUGGGAAGCAAAUAUUGAGAGUAUAAAGUAGAAAAAAGCAAAGCAUGGAAUUCUAGGGAAGACUGGAUGCUUUGUGUAGAUGUUAGUUACUAAGCCUUGUUAAACCAGUUUGAGUCAGUCCAAACAGAAAACACCCAGCUGACAAACCAGGAAGCAUAAUUUGUUUAUCUACUUAUGCCAGGCUAUAUAUUUAGUUCUUUAGGGUUGGAAAACAGAGGUGACCAUAUACAAUAACAGUGGCUUUAAUGACUAUCUACAAAACUUAUUUUGUGAAAAAGACUCUAUCCUGACGUCAUCUCAUUCUGGACAUUUUGAAGUCAUAUAGAUUUGCCAAGAAGAUGGGCCAAAAGUCAUCCCGAGAAGUGACUCGGAAGGACAAGCCUGAUCUCAUUGCUGUGUGUGACAUUUUCAGUCGAGCUGUGGUCUAUGCUGCUCAGAAACUGAAGGACUAUCUUGGAUUUGAAGAUCCUCAAAGUAAACUGUCCCCAGAUUCCAACACACUGAAUGAGAUCUUUUUAAUUAAUUUUAUCAGUUUCUGCCAUGAAAAUGGAAUGGACAAGAAGAUCACUACUAACAAAAUGACCAAGAAUCAGGCCAUGUUGUUUGGAGCUGAUUGGAUCUGGACCUUCUGGGGAUCUCAUAAGGAAAUCCUAUUUCAGCUGGCUGUACAAACUUUACAGAUGUCCACAGCCCUCCAUAAUGAAUCUAAUCCCUGUGACCUCCUCAGCAAGGAAGCGGUAUUAGAUGUGUGUUCUAUGGGGGAAAAUCAGUUUGAGAAGAUGGAAGAAUUCUGUAAUUUGAUAGGUGAGGAUUGUCUGGGUUUACUUAUCAUUUUUGGUGUGCCAGGAAAGCCUAAAGACAUCAGAGGAGUUCUCUUGGACAGUAUCAAAAAUGAGAAAAUUCAAAACACCUUGUCAGGAGUGGAGGCUGUAAAACAUUUUAUCUUAAACACAAAGAACUGUCUAUCUACCAAAGAACUGUUAGAAAACUACCUGUGUAAUAGUGAUAGACUGAAUGAAUUGGGCAAGGUUUAUAUUAAUUUUCUCUGAAUUUUAGAUAGCUAAGUAAGCCAAUCAAACAUAAACCCAUAUGUCAAAGCAAAGGAUUUUAUUCUUUCAAGCGCAAGAGUAUUAUUUGAUGUGACAGCAUUAUUGAAUGCAUUUAGUGUGUUAAAUGGGUUUAGAACAGCAUUGUAUAAACUGACAGAUUCACUUCUCUUGAUGGCAAAAAUUAUGGGUUAGCUGCCCUGCUCCAAAUGAUUGUAUUAUUGUGAUCACAAAGAAGAAAAAAAAGCCAUGAAGAAACCUUCCUGAAUAAAACAAACACAUAAUUCCAUGCCAUGUAACUUUUGUUCAUUUGCUUAGGAAGCCAAUAAAACAACCUUGAAAGUUUGUUUUGCA